CGUUCCUCGCCGCUUUCAGAAAAGGUAGCUGGAGUUGGAGCUUUUUAAAAAGAAUUCUUUUUUCCCCUCUCUCUCGGAUUCACCUCCGUCUCGUGGAGAUGAGGCUCCUGUGCGUGGUGGUCGUGGCGGUGGCGUCCCUGUUGACAGAACAUCUCGCGCUUCCAGUGGGGAAAGAAGGGCAGAGAGAAGAUGUGGUGGCGCGCUGUCUGGUUGAGGUCUUGUCCAAAGCGCUCUCCAAACCGGACUCCCAGCUGGACCAGGAAUGCAAAGACAUCCUCCGAGCAGGGGUAAAACAUGCCCCGCUGGACAAGAAGACCGCGGAGUGGGUGGCAACCCAUGGAGAGGGGGUCAAAGGUCAACCCGAGGCGCCGAAGGGAGCCGACGUGAAAGACAUCGAGGAUCUCCUGAAAUCCCUGGAGGAUAAGAGAGAAACGGCCGAGGAUGAGCGCAGCCAAGAGUCCUUGAGCCCGGGCGGCGAGAAGGAGGAGAGACGCCAAGACGCCGGAGAAGUGGAGCGGGAGAAGAGGAGCAGCUGGAGGCCCGGAAGAUUCCACCAGAGGAAGCACAAACGAGGGGAAGAGGAGGAGGAGGAGGACGAGGAGCGCAAUCAGGAGAGCUGGGGCCUCGAGGAGAAGAGAUCAGAAGGAGUCCGAGAGAAGAGGGCCCAGAGGCCCGGGAAGUACCGCUACAGGAAGUACAAACGAGACGAGGAGUCGUUGGGCGGAGAGAAGGAGGAGGAAGAGGAGGAGGAAGAGCGAAGCCAAGAGUCCUGGGACGUGGACAAAAGGCAAGUGGACGACGAGGAAGAGGAGGAGAGACAGAAGCGCAUAUGGAAGCCCACGCAUCGCUACCACCACAAGAAGAAGUUCAACAAGCGUGCCGACGAAGAGGAGGAGGAAGAUGGCGAGCGCAGCCAGGAGAGCUGGGGCCUCGAGGAGAAGAGAUCAGAAGACGAAGGAGGCGACGAAGAGGUCCGAGAGAAGAGGGCCCAGAGGCCCGGGAAGUACCGCUACAGGAAGUACAAACGAGACGAGGAGUCGUUGGGCGGAGAGGAGGAGGAGGAAGAUGGCGAGCGCAGCCAGGAGAGCUGGGCCCUCGAGAAGAGGGACUGGAGGGCCGGCCGGUUCCACCAGAGGAGGCACAAGCGUGACGAAGAGGAGGCCGGAGAAGAGCCCGAUGAAGAGCGCAGCCAGGAGUCGUGGGGUCUGGACAAAAGGGACCGGAGGGCCGGCCGGUCCCACCAGAGGAGACCCACACGUGACGAAGAGCUCUCGGAGGAAGCGAGGGAAGAGCCCGACGAAGAGCGCAGCCAGGAGUCUUGGGGCCUCGAGAAGAGGGGCUGGAGGGCCGGCCGGUUCCACCAGAGGAGGCACCACAAGCGCGACGAAGAGGCCGGUGAGGAAGCCAGGGAGGAGCCCGACGAAGAGCGCAGCCAAGAGUCGUGGGAUCUGGACAAGCGGAGCGGGAAGGAGGAGGCGGGGCUAGAGAAGCGCAUCUGGAAACCGAGCCACCGGUACCACCACAAGAAGAAGUUCCACAAGCGAGGCGGAGGAGAGGAAGACGAGGAGGAGGACGAGGAAGACGAGGACGAGGCAACGAGGUAUCUGGCCGAGAAGCGUAACCCGGGGAGCUUCAGAGGUUUCUCCCAUCCCGCCUGGUACAACAGGGAUUCAGACCAGCAACCUGCGACCGUGAACAAGAUGGAUGAACUGGCCAAGCUGCUGAGCUUCAAGAUGAACCAGCUGGCCCAGCGCUCCCACCAGGAGGUGCCGAGGAGGAGCGUCCAGAGAGCAGGAGCCCAGCAGGAGGAGAACGCGCUGGACAACCUGGCGGCGAUGGACACGGAGCUGCAGAAAAUUGCCACCAAGUUGCACGACAACGCCGCAUGAGAGUCAUCAAUUUAGUGUUUAUCAGCGUGUUUGUGAUAUUUUGAUGUUAUCAGCAUGGGAAUGGUUUUGAUGUUAAUACAUGAAUAUAUAAAGAGAAAAUACGCGAUUAUAAUAUAUACAUCUAAUUCAAAUGAUUCAAAUCAUCUUGUUUCUGAAGAGUUUGUUCAAUCUG